GUUUACAGGACUAACUCUUAUUCUGAAGGAGUCAAAAGAUCUGUGACCCGGACGUACUUAGUUCAUAUUGCCUUCUUCACGUAGUGUUUGUUGCAUGCCGCACAUAAUUGAACGGGUUUCAUUGUAGCUAACCGUUUAAAAACACAUUUUCAGUAUAUUACGUGGACAUAAAGUUGUAUUAUUCUUCAGAAGUAAGACGGAGCGCUUUUUAGGUUUUGCUAACAUUUGAAAAUGUUGAGCAAUGUUACUCUACGGGCUCAGAUCGCUUCCAUCAUAGAGGUACUUUCUAAAGCUGCGGUUGCAGAAAUUAGUAAAGUAGUCGACGAUGGCAUGGUUGUGUUGCGUAUGGAAAUGUGUCAACGGGAAAAUGAAAUCAUCGUCCUGAAAAAGAACGUACAACAACUUGACAACGAGCUUCGAAGAGCCCGAGGGAUUCAAGCUCGAAGGCGCAUCCAUCAUGGUCGAUCAAUCGCUGCUGAGAAUCUUGGGCGAGAUGGGCCUGACGAGGGUGGUACCACUUAUGCCGGGAGCACCUCCUUUGAGAAACUGCAGUCUGGGGAAGAUGGUUUGGGAAAUGAUAAAGAAGAAAUCCAACCUGCAGACAGGACCCAAGUGAAGGCUGAGCCAGAGAUAGAUCAAGAACAGGCAGAGCAAACUACAGGGAGAAAAGAAAAAGAUGAUUUGGAUGCCGAACUGUCUACAUAUGAGAGAGCCAAACAGCCGUGGAUGUCCAGCUCACAAGUAGAGAAUGACAUGGAGACGAGCAGUUCAGAGUUUUUCAACAGUGCCGGUCAGAACUCACAGUGUCUCCCGGAACACUCUCCUGGAUCUCCCGGAAUGGUGGAAGCAUCAUGCAGCACCGCUCCAUUUCCUGCGAAACCAUAUGUGGAUGUCAGAGAUAAUAUGAUUUUACAGUUAAGACAGCAACAACAUUAUCAGCAGUCAGACAUGCUCAGAAGAACCAGCGACGGCACAGGGAAGUCAAACCCAGACCCUCGAAGUGUAUUAGGUAUUGGCUCAAACUAUAAUACUGCAAGGAGAGAAAGAACCAAAAGAUUUUGCCAGGUUAAGAAACAUUUUAUCUGCACACUUUGUGGGAAGAGUUUUGAACGUUACGGUCAUCUUGAAAGGCAUCUGCGAAUCCAUACGGGUGAGAAACCCUACAGGUGUGACAUAUGCGGGCGAUGUUUUAACCAGAAAAGUAGCCUCAAGGGGCAUCUAAAGACUCACAGAGUAUCGAUGGAUGGACAAGCCAGUAAUGGGGAAAAGCCUCCCCUGGAUAGAUAUAAGUCCGAAGAAGAACAGAACAACACAAAGGAUGAGGUUAUCCUAGCUGCUCCAGACAUACCCAUGAAGUUAGAGCCAGGGGAGGAGAAGGAUGCGUCCCAGACACCAGAUCAUAAAGAAGAACAUGUUUCUGGAAGAGCAGAACUGGAUGCUGAGCUGUCGCUGUAUGAAAGAGACAGCCAGCCAUGGAUUUCCAGUUCACAGGCAGACAAUGACAUGGAGACGAGUAAUUCAGAGUAUUUCAACAGUUCUGGUCAGAACUCCCAGUGUCUCCCUGAUCACUCUCCUGUACCACCUCCUGUCCUAGGAAUGGUGGAAGCAUCAUGCAGCACUGCUCCAUUUCCUGGGAAACCAUAUGUGGAUGUCAGAGAGGAUAUGAUUUUACAGCUCAGACAGCAACAUUAUGGACCUGCAGAGACACUAUUGAUAGCAUGUGAUGGAACAGUGCAGUCCAGCCCACAGGCCAUGGAAGGGGCUACACUGAACCAUCGGCCUAUCUACUCUUUGGAAACGAGAGCCGUCCCGGGAACUCCCAAGGAGAAGAAGUGCUUCAUCUGCUCAAUCUGUGGGAAAGUGUUUGAGCGUGUUGGUCACUUGGAAAGGCACCAGCGAAUUCAUACGGGUGAGAAACCAUACAGCUGUGAAAUAUGCGGAAGGUGUUUCAACCAGAAGAGUAGCCUCAAAGGACACCUCAAGACUCACAGAGAUGUUGCGGACAUGCUAACAGGACCCCAGUUUGAUGAUAAGAAGUCUGACUUCCAUCGCAUACCCUCAUUGAAUCCAGAGGAACAGAGGGGGCAGCUCUCUGCUGAAGUACAGCCUAACUCUGGUCACAGUGAGGAGGAGAAAGAAGAGGCCGGAAGAGAUCUGGGGUCAGUAGUCAAAGCCGAGCAAGAGAAACCGUUUGAAUCCCAGUCACUGAAUCAGUCAGGACAUGAACGCCAACAUAGCACAGAAAGGCCAGGUUACCAAGACGACCCAGAGUAUGUCUUGGAUGAGAGGGAGAGUGGGCUAUGUAGAUCUUUUACAGUAGAGCGGCACAAUGAUGCAGAGUCUAGAUCGGUACAUCCAGGUUGCUCCUCCGAUGGUACGAAACAACUGAACUCGGAUUCGCUUUCACCCGGUGUGAAAUACCACCACAGUCCUUUUGAUGGAAUGCACCACCACCAUGGGUUUUAUACGUCGGCUUCAAGAGAGGUGGAACUAGAACACAUGUCUUUUCAGGACGAGAAGGACAAGCUGGAGUUGAUCGAGCAGGAGCAGUAUGCAGGGAUCGCUGUUCUUGGACGAAACAGAGAGGAUGGCGAUGUGUCAUUGCUUCCCAGAUUCCCGGACCAGGUACCACCACUGCAUGUAGAGGAGGAAACCGCGUUAAGAGAGUACAUCACAGAACCAAAUCACAGCCAAGAGGGGAUUUUGUUUGCUCUUGGUAUAGAAGGGUUUGACAGCACAGAGGGCACCAGUGCAACCACAGACAACACAAUAAAUAGAUGUUUCAUAUGUUCCAUUUGUGGAAAGAGUUUUGACCGCCACAGUCACUUUGAAAGACACCAGCGCACUCACACUGGUGAGAAACCCUACAGCUGUGAGAUAUGUGGUAAGAGUUUCACUCAGAAGAGCAGCUUGAAAGCUCAUCAGAGACUUCAUACAGGGUAGAUGUUCAAAGGACAGACUGGUCUUGUCAGUGUUUUUUUCCUCCCAUUCUCAUUAAAACACAAUCAAUACCAGUGUUAUAAAAUAUGAUUUUUUUAAAUAGAUUUUUAAUUUUACAGUUGGCCAGUGUUGUUCAUUUUUUUUGUUUCAGCUACAUUAAGAGUUCUUAUUUGUUUUGAUAUGUUUGUUUCCAUUGUAGUUUAUUAAAGUUAUUAAAAUGUUGUAGCUAUGUAAACAGAACAUUUAACUAGUUUCUUAGUUUUUAAUAUUGUCAUCAGGUAUCUCUCCAAUAAUGUAUAAAGUGUUUAAGAAAAAAAUUGAAUAAUGAAAGUUUUGUAUUGUAUUUGUCUUCUUUGCUUGCAUCAAACUUGGAUUAUAAUUUCGAUUUAACAGCAGGCUAGGUAUCCAAUUAUUCAGUGACAUAGAGUAGCCUUAUCAAAGUUUUUUUUCCACCUACCAGACACACCGGAUAAUCUACCAAAUUUACUUUUGCUACUUUUUGUUGAUUUGUUUCUGCUUGAGUAUUUUUAAGUUAACAUAAUAGUAUGAAUGUCUCAAUAUUAUGGCUUCACUGUUUUACUUAUUAACAGUAAAAUAAAAUGUUUUAAGCAUCUCUUUUUUGGCCUGUGCAAAUGGGGUGUACAUUUUUCUAGUGUUUACGGUAACAAAAAUCCGACCCGGAAGUAGAUACCUAGGUUCAUUUUUUUGCACAUAGAUUUUAAUUUCGGUUGAUAGGUCCAUGUAUGGUGAAGCUUUUAAAAUACAAUUCACAGACUUUUAAAAUUAACGGGGUUUUAAACUUCCUUUAAAAUGUCGACUUGUAUCGGCCGGCUUCAGACACAGCUAACCUCCAUCAUGGAGGUUUUAGCGAAAACUGCGGUGGCAGACAUCGCUAAACUUAUCGAUGAUAAUUGUGCUGUAUUACAUUUUGAAAUAUCUCGCAACCAAAAUGAAAAUGAAAUGCUAAGGAGAAAAUUGGUACUGAUGGAGAAUGAACUGAAGAUUGCGAGAAUUCCUCGGCAAACUGAGAAAUACAUGGACAGCUGUGCUUCGGACUGGAGACCCAGUCGUCGAGGAGAGGAUGCAUUUGGUGUGAAGGAUGUACCACUUGGGUUGGCU